GCCAGUGGGAGCAGAGAAGGCUGGGCCCACUUGCCACUGGGGGGUUCCUGCUUAGUAGGACCCAGCCUGUAGGCUGAUGCAAGACCCCAACAAGGUUGCAUUUCUGAACGUGCUGUGUGAACUGUGAACACAACAGAGGGGUGAUAACCCACCAGCCUAGACGGGUUUGCUGCAGAGCCUGGCUGCCUCCGAGCCCUGGGAAAGCCACCGAUGGGGGCCCCUUCCCACCUGUUCCCCUACCCGUAGGCCUCAGGGAAAGCUUGAGUUUGAACCUACUGGGCAAAAGGGGGUACCUUUAGGUUGGGGUUUGAGAAGGUGGCUUUGCAUCGUUGUUUUAUCCUUAGUUCAGUGUUUCCCAAGGGCAGUGCCUGGCGCGGGCCAGGCACCAAGCGUGUUGAUGAUCCUUCAACAGGACGAUGCAUCUGUGGAGACCCAGGCGCAGGUGGGCCUGGGGACAUCAGUCUGGCAUCAGGUCAGAAGUGCAUCUCCAGAUUCCAGCAGCUCCCAGUGCCAGUGCAGGGGCAGUGUGAGCCCAUGUGGCAACCAAGCUUCCGACCCCCCGCUCCACGCACAUGCGGUGGCUGAGUGGUGCGGGGUGCCGUCCGAGGCAGACACGGGCUAGGCAGCCCGCAGUGGAUGAGCAGAGCAAAGCGAGUCUCCGCCUGACCUCGUGUCCAGACUUGAGUGGGGCCCUGAAGGACAGUAAGGCCAGAUGGGGCAGGAGCUCAGGAGUAUUUACAGAGCUGACCCUGGGUGUCAGCCCUGUGGGAGCAUCCCUGCGGCUCUUACGGUGGUCCACUUUAUGGAGGAAUAACUCGCCAAAGCAUGUGCUUUCUUAUCUUUCUCCUCUUAAAGCCGUGAGGCAGGUGUCCUCACCCCACUGGGAGCAACCAACUUGCAGGGGCGGAGCCAAGGGGGCAGACGUUUCCUGCUGUGCCUCUUGGGACCACCAGGCACUGUGGCCAGGGUGUCAGUGGGGGUCCUGGCCGGAAGACAGCAGGUUCUCUGAUGUGGUCACUGCGCUCCGGCUAAGCAGCUGAUUCCAGUGUGGCCUGGUCAGGACCGCGCAGACCACCCUCCAUGUCUGCUUCUGUGUUCUGUCUGCAUGAGUUUCCCUUUCUGAUUAGAAACCUUCACAUCUGUACUGGAACUGUAAGAUCAGCACCUGUUCCUCCAUUCGAGGAGAAAAGUACAAAUGUUUUAAAGAUGCAAAUUAUUUAGCCUCUAAACUACAGUCGGCAAUUCUCUCAAAAGAACAAAUACUGCUGCGCCCAGAACAUGAGUUCUUCACAAAGAUUGUUCUCUUUUUACCGAGCUUGAGUGUCAGCUAGUCCACUGUUUGGGCUGAAUAAGUCCAAGUUUCGGGUCAGCUGCGGGGACCCCCACUUGCUGCACCGGCAGCUGAAAACCAAGGGUGGCAGUCCUGUGAGGAGCUGGGAGCAGAAGGUUCCUUGAAUUAAACCUGCCUUUUAAAAUGCGAGUUCCUGUCCCAAAGGGGUGAGUGGGGGGGUUCCGUCCGUGCCCACCUGCUUGGGCACCUGUAUGAGGGGUCUUUCCCCACAGAUGCCCUCCAGGCCAUCACAGAGGUGACCUCCACACUCCAGCACAGCCUCGCUCGGCUGGAAAACCUCCAGAAACUCACAGAGCUGCAGCGCGACUUGGUUGGCGUAGAGAAUCUCAUCACUCCCGGCAGGGAGUUUAUCCGCGAGGGCUGCCUUCACAAGCUCACCAAGAAGGGCCUGCAGCAGAGGAUGUUCUUUCUGUUCUCAGACAUGCUGCUGUACUCAAGCCAAGGUGUCACGGGCACCAGCCACUUCCGGAUCCGGGGCCUCCUUCCCCUCCGUGGCAUGCUGCUAAUAGUGCUGGACCCACCGGUGAGUAGUUGGGUGCCCUGUGGCCCACAGCUCAGCCACCUGGGUGGCAGGUGCCAUGGCGUGGGGAUCCUCGUGCCUCCUGUAGCCCCUCGUAGUCCGCGUAGACUCGCACAGGGCUUCCGCGGCACUGUGUUGGGCUGCAAGCAUGGGGCCCGCCCGCCCUGCGCUAGCUCCAGACGUUUGCCUCUCCUCCCGCCACAGGUUGAAGAAGGCGAGCCCGAACGCUCUGUUCCGCACUGUUUCACCAUUUGUGCCGCACAGAAAACGGUCGUGGUGGCAGCCAGCACUCGCCUGGAAAAGGAGAAGUGGCUGUGUGACCUGAACACCGCCAUCGAUGCGGCCAAGGGCGGGAGUGACCAAUCCCUGGCGCUGCCGGGCAGCGUGGUGUGCGCUCCUCCCUACAGAUCCUCUGAGGAGGUCGCUCUGGAGCAGGAGUCCGAAGGGGCCCUGGAGGGGCAGGGCCAGCACCGGGCCAACACCACAGUGCACGUGUGCUGGCACCGCAACGCCAGCGUCUCCAGAGCCGACCACAGCGCGGCUGUCGAGAAUCAGCUUUCAGGGUAUCUGCUGAGAAAAUUCAAGAAUAGUAACGGCUGGCAGAAGCUCUGGGUGGUCUUUACCAAUUUCUGUUUGUUCUUCUACAAAACUCAUCAGGACGACUACCCCCUGGCCAGCCUCCCGCUGCUGGGCUACAGCGUGAGUGUCCCCAAGGAGGCUGAUGGCGUCCACAAGCAGCACGUCUUCAAGCUCCAGUUCAAAUCCCACGUCUACUUCUUCCGAGCUGAGAGCAAGUACACAUUUGGGAGGUGGAUGGAGGUGAUCGAGAGAGCCGGCAGCUCGCCUGGGAGGGCCAGGCGUCCCGAGGAAGAGGCAUGAAGCCCAUCCUGCCCGACGAGGACAGAGCCGAGGAAGCAGAGCUGGCACCUGCUGAGGCCUGCCCUAGAACAGGACCCUGCGACACGUGCUGCACACAGGCCCAGCAGAAGCCACUGUGGUGCCCGCCCCGCAGACCUCUGAAGAAGGGGAAACCAAAGUUCCCCCGAGGGCCUCUAAUUUAUUAGUUCCCAGUGUUACCUAACAAAUUGGAAGUGAACGGACACGAGCUCUGUUCAUUCGUGCUAACGUGCUUGCGGAUGCCAGAUAAAGGGCUUCUCCCCGCACCCUGCGUGCCGCCCUGCCCUCUGCCAGCGGCCCCGCGGUCCCCAUGUGCCGGGACAAGGACUCAGAAGCCAGGAACCGGGCCCCACCCACCACCAGCAUCUCUCCAAUUCAGGUCUUUAUUCAAAGUGGCAGGAGCUUCUCCAUGUUCUAUGAAAACUAACACCUUAACUUCAGAACAUUUAGGGAAGCGAGGAAGUUCAUUUUCUUUAAAAAAAAAACAAACAAAAAAACAAAACCA